AUGUUUUACUCGGAUAUUCUGAGAGAAAACCGACGCCAGCAAAUGGAUAUCAAAGAGGCUGCCUCUCUCCACCAACAGAGGCGGAUGAAACAGACUGUUCAGUUCAUUCAUAAAGAUUCGGCGGAUCUACUGCCCCUGGACGGGCUCAAAAAACUGGGAACCUCCAAAGAAACCCAACCACAUAACAUUUUGCAGAGACGUUUACUAGAAACCAACUUGUCAAAAUUCCAAGCCAACAAUCGAGGGACAUGGUCUUCUAAUAAUUUAUUUCCAAUUCAAAACAAAAACUUCCAUCAAACUAAACAAGAACUUCACAAAAUAACACACGAAGAUGACCUGAUAUUUGUGCGUUGCAAGUGUGCUGGAAUAGAGAUGAAAGUACGGAUUGACACUGGUUCUCGAUAUAAUCUCAUUUCAUCUGCCUGUGUGGAUAAACUAGGGUUGAAAGAACUUGUGAAAUCAGGCAAGCAUGAAACUGAAAAAACAGGAAUGCCGUUUAUUUCAAAGGUUAAAGGCCAAAUAGAAAAUAUUGGAAUUGCUAUAGGACAGCUCAAUAUUGAGUGUUCAGCAGCGGUAGUGGAUGAUGAAGAUGAAAAAACUCUUUCCCUUGGGCUGCAGACUUUGAGGUCUUUGAAGUGCAUCAUUGACAUGGAAAAGCAAUAUUUAAUUCUUGGAGAGAAGGAAAAAGAGGAGAUUCCAUUUCUAGGUAUUGACAAUAUUGAAGAUUGGUCCAAACAAGCAAUGCAGCUUUAA